AUGAUUGAAGGUGAAUUUGUGACAUACAGAGAGAAAGAGAAAGGGGCUAGGUCACAAUUCUGUAUACUGACCAGCAAUUUUCUCACCUCUUCCAGCAGCCCCUUCAAUGACCGGCCGAUGUGCAGGAUCUGCCACGAGGGCAGCAGUCAGGAAGACCUGCUUUCCCCCUGCGAAUGUACAGGGACCCUGGGGACCAUUCACCGCAGCUGCCUGGAGCACUGGCUGUCAUCUUCAAACACCAGCUACUGUGAACUCUGCCACUUCAGGUUUGCAGUGGAGCGCAAACCCAGGCCAUUGGUGGAGUGGCUGAAGAACCCAGGCCCCCAACACGAGAAACGGACUCUCUUUGGAGACAUGGUGUGCUUCUUGUUUAUCACUCCGCUGGCAACCAUCUCUGGCUGGUUGUGUCUACGAGGAGCGGUGGACCAUCUGCACUUUAGUAGUAGGCUAGAAGCUGUUGGCCUCAUUGCACUCACUGUCGCACUCUUCACUAUUUACCUCUUUUGGACCCUA